AUGCUUCACAAUGAAGGAAAAUCGCACUGCGUCGCCGAGCCGUACCCAAUUCCUUGUCUGACCAUCGGAUAUGCGGAAGGGUAUUUGACUAAAGAGGAUGUCACCUCCUUGCUACCGCGUGUAAUUACGAUACUUCGCAAAGACGUACCUGCUGACCAAGUGUUUAUUCUGAAGGCCGAAUCCUCGGGCGUCCGCCUCGUGGAGUUCACCGACAACAUCCCGCAGUUCCGUAACAUCUUCUCGUUCCGGAAAGACGGCAUUGAUUCGUGUGAGCGGAUGCUGAAACGGGAAGAGAUUGGGGAUGUAUUGACCACACUCCAUUUGUACCUUCCCCGGUUGACACUGUGGAUUUUCGGGUAUUUGGCCGGGUACGAGGGGGCGUUUAAUCGGAUGUUGAAGCCGGAUACGGAUAAGAAGCGCGCUGCCAUCGUCUAUGCCUCCCCGUACAGCCACUACCUCAAAAACGAGUCCCGCUUCCUGAUGCCCUGCAUUUGGUUCCACGACCUCAUCCACAACACUGAGCAGCUGCUGCGGGAGAUUUUUAGAAAUAUCGGGAUCCCGGAGGAGACGGCGUUGGAGGCGAUGAAGUGGAAGGGGGAGGACUCGCAGAAGGGGACGUUCCUCAGCAAGGAAGCCCUCCAACACAUUGAAAUCCCUCCCAUGACUGCAGAGGAACUCACCGAAAUGCGCCAGUAUGCAGAGGCGAUGGAAAUUCCGGUCGAUACACUGAUCAAAGCGGAAAAACCU